UUACGUUUAUAUAUGCUUUGUUAUAAGCUAGGUAAGCUUGUGCGAUGGCUUUGCAAACUUCAGUUGUUUAAUGGCUGGCAUUGUACCCUCUCCGUUCAUGGAUGGGGGUGAAAUUUAUUUAUCCCUUGAGAACUGGGGUAGCCAAACUCUUCGCGUUCUGGCAAAGCAGCUUCAAGUUUAUAAACCACCUUCUGUCGUUGAAGAACCAGGUAAUGAAGCUGAUGUUAUCUGCAACUCAGUUAGUCCAGGGAUGGAGAAGCCGGCAGCCAUUAAGGAUGAUCCUUUUUCAUACAGCGUCAAGUGCUGUAGAGAGAGGAGAGCAGCUGUCUUAGUGUGCCUCUUUGAAGGGGAUGAAGGGGAGCUGCGAGUCAUUCUUACCAAGAGGUCCAUGAAGCUGUCUUCCCACCCGGGAGAAGUAGCAUUUCCGGGAGGGAAGAUGGAAGAAGGUGAUGCAGAUGAUACUGCAACAGCAUUGAGAGAAGCCAUGGAGGAGAUUGGCUUGGAUCCUAAUUUGGUUCAAGUUGUUGCAAACCUUGAGCCUUUCAUUUCCCAGCACCAACUCAGGGUUGUACCUGUUGUCGGUCUACUUUCUAGGAUAGAAGAUUUCAAGCCUGUACCCAAUACUGAUGAAGUUGAUGCUGUCUUCGACGUGCCACUAGAGAUGUUUCUCAAGGAAGAGAAUCAUAGAUGUGAAGAGAGAGAAUGGAUGGGGUGGAAAUAUGCUCUCCAUCUCUUUGAUUUUGAAUCAGAGCAAGGAAUUUUCCUCAUAUGGGGCUUCACUGCAAACAUUCUUAUUCGAACUGCCUCCAUCGUCUACCAGCGAAUUCCAUCUUUCUCGGAACAUCUCCCUAAUUUUCAGCAGCUACAAAGGGCCUUGAACAAUGUCCCAUAGUUAAUAUAUAUCUUCCAAUUUGUGGCAGUCAUAGCAUCUGUCUGUUGCAAUGUACUGAAAUUCUUAUGCCUAACUAACGAAAAACUACAAAUAAUGGGCGUUGUAUCUCGCAAUGAAUAAAGAAUUUUCAGAUCUAGACGAACUUGAGAGCCAUCAA